CCGGUAUUUACAAUUAACCGAUAGUCACCGUCCCUUGGAGACCAUCUCUAGCACAUCAACUUGUCUCUGGUUCUUUUUCAUGGCUGACGUUCGAAGAACUCAACCGCAGUCAUGAAGUUGAACGUCUCGUACCCGGCAACGGGAUGCCAGAAGUUGUUCGAGGUUGUGGACGAGCACAAGCUCCGUAUCUUUUACGAGAAGCGCAUGGGCGCGGAGGUGGAGGCUGACCUGCUGGGAGACGAAUGGAAGGGCUACGUCCUCCGCGUCGCCGGUGGCAAUGACAAGCAAGGUUUCCCCAUGAAGCAGGGAGUCCUGACCAACAGCCGUGUACGUCUUCUGAUGUCCAAGGGUCACUCCUGCUACAGACCGCGUCGUGACGGUGAGAGGAAACGCAAGUCUGUCCGUGGAUGCAUUGUUGACGCUAACCUGUCUGUGCUGGCCCUGGUUAUUGUCCGUAAGGGCACCCAGGAAAUCCCCGGACUGACCGACGGCAACGUGCCCCGCCGUCUCGGCCCCAAGCGUGCGUCCAAGAUCCGCAAGCUGUUCAACCUGAGCAAGGAGGACGAUGUGCGCCGCUACGUGGUCAAGCGCGUGCUGCCGCCCAAGGAGGGCAAGGAGAAUGCCAAGCCCAGAUCAAAGGCCCCUAGAAUCCAGAGGCUAGUGACGCCAGUGGUGCUGCAGCGCAGACGCCACCGCCUGGCCCUGAAGAAGAAGCGCCUCGCCAAGCGCAAGACCGCCGAGGCCGACUACGCCAAACUGCUCGCUCAGAGGAAGAAGGAAUCCAAGGUCCGCCGCCAAGAGGAACUCAGACGCAGGCGCUCAGCUUCGAUACGGGACUCCAAGAGCUCCGACAAGAGUGCUCCCCAAAAGUGAUCAACUCAAAACUAAUAAAAAAAAUGUAAAACCUUAA